UAAUAACGCCGUUAUGCCGUUGGCGGGCUCUAGAUGUUGAAGGCACCGAGUAAUCCUCGGCGUUUACAGUGCUGCUAGUAUCCGUACGGGACGGAUCUGUGUUGACAUCCAAGCCUCAAACCAGGUUUGUUUUUUUCGCCACUCCCCAACCAAUGAGUGUUGGAUUCCCGUGACAAGACAAGCCGAUCGACAGUCUCGACAAAAAUAGAACUUCCCAGUUUGUGGUCGCCCUGGCGCUGGCUCAACUGCCGCCCUGAUUAUCUUCUCCACUGCCCCUGACGAUGAUGGACAAUGACACAAGAGGAUACGGCGUUUGCCGUUAUUAUGAGUUUCAUCCAAAACGCUUUGCUAUGCAUCAACCGAGACUUGUUUCACAAAACGACGGUUCUCCUUUCGUCGACAGUGGUUCCGUCACUUCAUCCCACAUACCGGAAGCCUCGAACAAGCUUUUGGCUAGGGGUUUCUGCCGUGGCGGGAGUCUCGAAUUAUAGUCGAUCGACUGAUUAUCGGUACCAGGCUUAA